AGGGAUGAUUUCUAAAAUAACACACACACAACUUGUGUUUUGUACAGUUAAGAACAAAGUGUAUUUUUAUUAUUUCAGAGGAUUUCUUCAUGGCCCCAUCAAGUUGUUCUUCUUCUAUUGCCACCAGCGUGUUGUUUUGCUUCCUGUUUAUUCUUACAGUCGUCCUUUUUGUCUGGAAACUGAGACAAAACAAAAUCGGUAAGCAAAAAAAUAAUGUGACUUUUUAAUAAUGGUUUUUGAACACAUGGUUAUAAUAAUAUGAGCCGAAUCAUCGCAAAACAGCAUAAAAGUUAACACAUUGUUCAUUUAUCAAUAUUCUGAUCACAUUAUUUAAAAUAUAUUUUCAGUUCAUCAUGUAGAUGAAAACAUGCGCUCCAUGUUGACUUCUUGUUACCGUCAUCGUAACACCAGUCAAAAAAUUCCUUGUUUAAAUUAUUUUUUAUUUCUUUGGAAAUUAAAUGUUUCCUAUAGGAAAAGUAUGGUGCAGAUAUUUCUGUCCUGUUUGUAAAGGGUAGCCUGUUGUGUAACACUGCUUCUGUUUCUACACAGAGAGGAAGAUGCACCACAAAAAUACAGAUGGACUAAAAGGAGAAGGAAGCAGAGAGCAGCUCAUGACAGAAAGCAAGAUAAUGAAGGAGGAGCUACAGAAGAAAGGGAAAGAACAGAAAGAGAUGACACAGGUUGUGGAGAUACUGAAAGACCUGACGAAGGAACUGGUGAAGCAGAAAGAGCAACUCACCUUACAAAUGGAGGAGGCAGAGAGACUUAUGGAGGAGAAUGGAAAUAAGGUUAAGUCAGUAGAGAAAGAGGUAACAGAAAAGAACGGAGAUAUAACAGUUAACAAAGCACAGGGAUACUUAAAACUCAGACAAAUUAUUACAGAGGUCAACUGGAAACUGGAGGAAAGAAAGAAAGGACACCAAGAACUGCAACUGAACACAGAUAAUCUAAUGAAGAGGACCAUGGAUGAGGUUAAUAAAAUUGAGAAACAACUGGAGGAGAUAGAGAGACAGCGAGAGGAGAUUCAGAGGAAGCUUGAGUCAGACGGGAGGGAGGAAAAAGAACGACUUCACUGAAAGAAAUAAAACUCUGUGUCCACAUACAGAUAAUUUAAUCUGAACAAUCUCAGAAUUGUACUUAAAAUACAUUUAUUUAGAUCACUUCUGUAAUUGAUUAGCGUUUAUUCUUGGUCAACAAUGAUGAAAAUACACCCCUUUAGUCCUUUGUGGUGUUUUACUACCUGUUUAUUGGAAUAUUGUGAUACAUUUUAGUUGAUUUUUUAUUUAAUCUCACAUUAUGUUCCCAUUUACUGAACCAACACUGUACAAUGUGUUCCUUUUUUAUUUUAGUUUGUUGUUCUGUUGUUGUUUCCUUUGAAACAGUUUAUAUAUUUUUUACAGGAUUUAUUUGAAGAUUUAGAUUUUUUAACAUUACAAUGUCUUUAAAAGUGCUUGAUCUAAAGUUAUAUUUUUGUUGACUUUCAAUGGUAAAAAUUCACGUGUGUGUGUGUGUGUGUGUGUGUGUGCGCGAGAAAUGUAAAUAGAUGGAUGAACCUUAAUCGUUAUUUUGUCCUGGACAGUACGACAAACUUUCACGACAAGCUUGCUAUUCGAUGUCAAAAUAAACAUGAGGAAAUCCAGAUGUUGGCUGUGUUGGUAUUUAGCAUUCUCUUUAUUGUUAUUCAUU